UAUCUAUCCAGAGAUCACACACUGCUCCACAUUCCCAGCUGCGCGUCACACCCACCGCGAUGAAGACGAUGAAGCUAUCUGCGGGCAUCCUGUUCCCGUCGCUCUUUUGCUCCGCUGCGGCAGGACCCUUGGGGCAUGUCUUCAUCUUCGACCCUCACGUCACCAAUCCCGAGGCCCGACCGCCAUCAUUAGUGAGCCCGCAAACAGCGCGACUCAUACUAUCGCAACGCCUGGGAGUUUCCAGAUACCACUCGAUUUCAGAUUCGAAGGAUCCAGAGCUACUCAACCUUUUGAACACCUACGGAGGAGCAUGGCAGGAUCCCUUCACGGACUCGAGGAUGAAGGAUGCCUCGUCUGCGCAAGUGUUUGUGUGGUUAGACAAUGUGGACGACGUUGAAGCAGUAAUACCAAAUUCGGGGGCAUAUUCCGCCUCAUUCUCCAUAACAAACCCUCCGAGCCCUUUGGAUAACCAUCGCCUAUAUGAAGACCUAAUCCAGCAAGUAGAGGCGCUCCCAAGACCCAGCAAUCCCUAUGCGAAUCUCGACGCCGAAAUAGAGGCUCAACUUUCCUUCCAAGAUGUCGGUGAAACCACAACGCAUAAUGAUUACCUCAAUGCUUUCUAUUCAAGCAACUCGAGCAAAGGGCCGGCUGGCAGCGUGUCCAAGGCUCUUCAGACGCUCCUGCAGAAAGUAUCUGCCGCAAAAGAGAAAGGGUGGCCUGUGACAAUUGUGGUCAUGCCCCCGUCAGGCAAUGUUCGAAGCGCUCAUCCUUAUGGGGUAUAUCGCAUGCCGUCUUCAAUCAAGGCUCGUCGCGAAAGGCCUGAAGCAGUCCUCUCCCCCUCCACAUCUCAACCGUCUAGUGGGCCGCAAUCCGCCGACCUCUCCGAUCUGGAGACAUUUCCCAGGAUCCAGAAAGCCAAAGAACACCCGCCUGUGCUCGGCAUCCUUCCGCAAUAUUUCCCCUCGUUAGAAGCCUGCCAGCGUACGACACAUAACUGCAGUGGGCACGGAGAAUGCGGGCUUUUGCAUAAGGGAGAUAAAGAUUCCGGAAAGAGAGAUCGCUACGGAUGCACCUGCAAGCCCACGAUCGUUGAGGUGGGCCAUGAUGGCAUGGAGAGCAAGCGUAAAGUGACGUACUGGGGUGGACCUGCUUGUCAAAAGAAGGACGUCUCGCAACCAUUUUGGCUUUUCGUUGGCACUGGACUCGUCCUUGCCUUCUUGAUCAGCGCAGGUAUCGGUUUGCUGUAUUCGAUGGGCAACGAGGAGCUGCCCAGUGUCAUCGGUGCAGGGGUGAGCGGGCCUACGAGAAAGUGAUGCUCCUUUUCAUUUAUCCAGAUGUACGAGAUUCUUUCGACGCAUAAGAGGGCUUUGUCGUUGGUUCUUUUGGUGUUUAGGUUUCUCUGGAGUCAAUUGGAAUUGUAUAUUAAACGAGGAAGAAGUCUUGGUAUUGAAUGGGUGAAUCGAAAUGAUCAUACAGACGCUCGGGCACUCCGUGCGAUACACCACACAUC